AUGUUACAAGCUCAGGGAAUCCUUAUAUUUAAACUCGUUUCAAGUUGGCGAAUUCAUGAAUUGUAUUCAAAGAAAAAAGAUGCACUUACACCUAAUACUGUUGACAUAAUUGGGAACAUUGAUAACAUUAUAGAUUUUUUAAAAAAUUUUCAUAAUCAACUUGUUAAAUGUAAUACAGCUAGUGACUGUAUUUUUAGAUUUCCAAAAGGUGAAAGUUUAUUAAAAGAUUUAGCGUUUAAUCAGUUAAAUAGGAUUUUAAUUCUUCACCCUGUUGCAUGUCAAUUAAUUGUAAAAUGCGUGUUAGAAUUUUCUAAAUGCUUGAACAAUGUUCCGAAUUUUAUUCAAGGAAAUAACUCAAGAAAUUGGUGCGCAGAUAGAAUUAAAAGUAUUAUUCAAUCUCAUAAUGAUGUAGAUGAAAUAUCAGACAACUUUUCAUAUUAUAAUGAAAUUGGAUUGUAUGAAUUCCAUGGGCUUGUAGUCAAAGAAUUUAUUACAACAAUAAAAGAAUUCUUGAAAGUCAUAGAGAAUUCAUCAAUGUCAAAAACCCAAUUGAUUAAUUUAUGUAAUGAUGCGAGAAUUCCAUCUCUUUUUACUUUCAAAGAAUAUGAAAACGCAAGCCAAUUUAAAAUUAAAGCUGAAGCAGCUCUUUAUAAAAUUCAAAAUGGUAUCAAUCUUGAAUCUGAACUUGAUGAUGAAACAAUAUAUAAUAUUAUAUACGCUUGUUCUUUGUUUAUAGCUGAACCAUUGUCAAAUUUAAAUCUUGAAAAUCUAAAACAAUCAGCUAAAUCAAUAAUGAAUUCGUUAGUUACCUUACAACCAAAAAGAUUUAUAUCAGUUUCACAUAUGAUUCAAAUAUUCACUCCGAUGAUAUUAGAAAAAUUCGUAAAAUCAGUAUUUAUGAAACAUCCAGACUUUAAAACAAAAAAUAAAUCUUUGGCAAAAAUGGAUGUAGACAUUGAAUUACUGAGGAUUGAAAUGUAUCAAGCGUCCGGUGUACUUUACUGGUGUGUCACGCAAUUUAAACUUCGUGGUGUAUUAUUAAUUGAUCAUUUGAUAAAAGAAAUAAGUCCAGCAAUAAUUAAGCGUACAGGUUUAGGAGAAGUUUUUUAUGAGGCACUUUUUAAAUGUCUUGCUCACCAACUUGAACCUUCAGAUUUGGUUUUAUUAAAACCUAGUUUUGCCGCCAUCCUAAAUCUUAUCACUUAUACAGAACCAUCAGGAUCUGAGUCAAGAUAUAAAAAAUUGGAUAAUAUAUUCAACAUAUUUGUUGUUAAAGGACUAACAAUUAAAUAUGACAAAAUUAUAUUAAGACAAUUUUUGUUACAACAAAUUCCUUUUUUUGUAGAUGAACUAGGAAUUAUGACUGUUAAACAUUUAAAUGAGCUAUUGAAAGAAAUUUCAAGUUCGUUGGAAGUUACAUUGGAACUUCCUAAUAUUCGUUUUAAAGAUGAAAUAUUAAGUUUACACAUUUCUGGAGCAAAAGCAAUAGAAAAAAUAAUUGUUAAAUGUUGGCCAAGAAUAGCACACUAUAAAGGUUUAAUAUUAAAAUCAAUAGCAUCAUCUUGGUGUCAAGUAAAGCAUCUUGAAGAGAAUGAUAAUCCUUACAAGGAAAAAAUAGAACUAUUGAAAAAUACAUUGCAUAAGUCAUGUCAGCUUUUAAAAUAUGCAUGUAUGGAUGAUCAGAUUGCUUUUAAGAGAGAUGUUGAUGCUUUAAAAAAAUUGGAUAUUAAGAUGUUUGGGGAUUUAUUGAAUGAUUUAUAG